GGCCCUAGUUGGCCAACUUUCCCAGCGUGCUCUGCGACUGCAAGAUGGCCGAGGCGCCAUGGGGGACAAGGGGAAGGACCUGCUCUGCCUCACGGCCACCAGCGGCGUCCCUCUCUUCUGCCGGACCAGCCGGGCCGGCCUCCCCUCCCGCCAGCAGCUCCCCUUCUCCGUCAUCGGCUCCCUCAAUGGCGUCCACAUGUUUGGCCGCAAUCUGGACGUCGGGCUGGCCUCCGCCCGCACCGAAGACAGCGUCGUCGUGUGGAAGACCUUCCACGACAGCAUCACUCUCAUCGUCUUGUCCUCGGAGGAGGGGGCUUCGGCCCUGAGCCUGGAACGGCUGCUGGAACUGGUUUUUGGGGCCAUGGUCUUGCUGAUCGGGCUGGAGGAGCUGACCGACAUCCGCAACGUGGAGAGGCUCAAGAAGGAGCUGAGGGCUUGUCACGGCCUCAUCGACAGCCUGCUGUGUGAGUCGGAGCGGGUGGGAGACCUGACUCAGUGCGUGGACUGCAUCGUGUCCCCCGACGGGCCCCUGCUGCAGGAGGCCCUGUCCGGCUUCGCCGAGUCCGUGGGAGCGGCCUUCGCGUGCCUGGUGGCCGGGGGGAGAGUGGCAGCGGGCACCCCGGGCUGGUGGCGCCUGGCGGCGCCCGAGUCCAUCCUCCUGCCCUGGCUCCUGGGCACCCUCCCUCCGCAUUCAGCGCGGGACUACCCGGUCUACUUGCCCCACGGCAGCCCCACGGUGCCCCACCGCCUCCUGACCUUGAUGCUGCUGCCCGGCCUGGAGCUGGGUCUGCUGUGCGGGCCCGGCCCGGCCCUGGCCCAGUUCACCCCCCAGCUCCUGGACCGGUGGUGGCAGCCGCUGCUUGAGCCGCUGAGAGCCUGUCUCCUCCUCCUGCCCCGGGGGCUGCCCCCCAGCCUCACGCUGGCCCCUGCCAUCUUGGGCCUCCUGUUCGUCCACCUGGAGCAGCGGCGUUGCCUGUUCACCGUCCAGCCUGGGGGGCCUGCCGGGGAAGGCCCGGCCCCCAGCCAGCGGCGCAAGCUGCUCCGCUGGUGGUUCUCCUUCGUCACGGCCGAACACUUCGCUGCCGAGCCCUCCGACGGCUGCCCAGCCCCGUCAGAGGCCGGCUCGGGCCCCACACCGGCCCUGGCCCAGCCGCGGGGCUGCUACGCGGUCAGCCAAGGCGGCCACAAGCUCUUCGCGCUGAGGGCCGGCCCGCGCCGCCUCCUGCUGCUGCUGGCCGGCUCGGCCCCCACCCACGGACUCCGGGCCCUGGCCGCCCGCACCCUCCAGGCCCUCACGCCCCUCCUCUGACCCCCGGAGCUCUCCCCGGCCACACCUGGGACUUUGACCCCAGCCACCUGUUGAAUAAAGACAUCUCCCCCCCACAC